AUGGACCUCAAAAACCUCUCCAGCAAUUGGAAGAAACUCCAGGAGACGCUGAAAAAGGAUCCCGUCUCCACCUCCACCAAGCGCAAGAAUUCGGACCGCGACGUCCAACAUGGUGUGGUGAAGAAACGGAAAUCGGAGGUCGUCGACGGAAAAAAGAAAUUCGAAACUACUCGCUUCUCGAAAAAGAGGAAAAGGAUGGCCGACGGUUCCGACGGAGGCGAGAAUGGGGUUCAAGAGACCGCGGGGAAAUCGGCGUCGCGGAGGAAUUCUACGGCCGCAGAAUCGAGGAUCGCAAAGGUCAAUGAGGGCCGGUCACCAACUGCUGAACUAGGAAAAUUCGUCGCGAUGGACUGCGAAAUGGUGGGAGUCGGCCCCAACCCCGAUAACGACUCCGCUCUUGCCCGUGUCAGUAUUGUCAACUUCAACGGCGAUCAGGUCUACGACUCGUAUGUGCGCCCGAAAGAGAUGGUCACGGAUUGGCGCACGCAUGUCAGCGGCAUUACCCCGAAGAACAUGGUCGAGGCGCGUUCCCUCGAACAGGUGCAGAAAGAUGUGACCAAUAUCCUGGACGGUCGAAUACUUGUGGGACAUGCAUUGAGCAAUGACUUCUACGCUCUACUUCUCAGCCACCCCAAGCGCGACGUCCGAGACACCAGCAAGCAUCCCCCGUACCGCAAGCUGGCCGGAGGCGGUUCUCCCCGUUUGAAGAUGUUGGCCUCGGAAUAUCUGGGAUUGGACAUUCAGAAGGGCGCACAUUCUAGUGUGGAGGAUGCUAGAGCGACGAUGAUGCUGUAUCGACGGGAUAAGGACGCAUUUGAACGGGAACAUCUGAAGAAGUGGCCGCUGCGAGUUGUGGCCGAGAAGGCCGACAAGCAAGACGGGGAGGAGCAGAAAAAGAAAAAGAAGAAGAAGAAGAAGACCCGCAAGAGGUGA